AUGCAGUUCAGCAUCUCCUCCGUUUGCAUCGCUCUUUUCACCAUGAGCACCCUCGUGGCCGCAGCCCCCCAAAACAACGCCCGCGAGAAGUUCAAGCAAAACAGCUGCAAGAGCCAGGCGUGCAGAGAUUCGGUUGAUGCUGGAUGCCCUCUCAACUUCAUUAAUUUCAGUCUCGGUGGCUGCGAUGACCCCAGCUUCUAA